AUGGUUGUCAGUCAGUCAGUGGUCGGGCGAGCCAACGCCGAAAAGCCUCAUGGCUUGGUUGGUAUGCUCAAGAAUCCCUAUGUCUUCAUGACCUGUGCCUUUGCUUCGCUUGGUUGUAUCAUGUACGGCUACGAUCAAGGUGUCAUGGCUCCUGUUCUCGUCAUGGAGAACUUCAAAGCGCACUUUCCUUCGUUGAUGGGUUCUACUAUCCAAGGUUGGUUGGUGUCUGCUUUGGAGUUGGGUGCUUGGGCUGGUGCGCUCUUGAACGGAUAUCUCGCGGACGCCAUUUCACGGAAAUACAGUAUGAUGGUGGCUGUCAUUGUCUUCACUCUGGGUUCGUCUCUUCAGUCCGCGGCGCAGAACCCCGCCUACUUUUUCGCUGGUCGUAUCAUCGGUGGUAUUGGUAUUGGUAUGCUCAGUCAGGUCAUCCCGCUGUACCAAGCCGAAAUCGCACCCCCGGAACUCCGUGGCUCUCUGGUUUCCCUGCAGCAGCUCUCGAUUACCAUCGGAACUGCCAUCUCCUUCUGGCUGGACUAUGGUAUGCAAUACGUGGGUGGUGUCAAAUGCAACCCCGAAGGUGUGGAAAACCCUUACCUGGCCGACGGAACCUUCGACUACAACGCGGCCCACGGUCACACGUGUAUGGGACAGAAGCCUCUUGCCUGGCGAUUCCCCCUGGCUUUGCAGAUCCUGUUUGCCUGGAUCCUCUUCUUCGGAAUGUUCUUCUUCCCCUUCUCUCCUCGCUGGCUGAUGUCCAAGCACCGCGAGGAGGAAGCAGUUGCUGCACUUUCCAAACUGAGAAGAUUGUCACCCGAAGAUCCUUUGCUCAAGGCAGAGAUUCUUGAAAUCAAGGCCGCCGUUCUCUUUGACGAAGAGACCAAUGCCGAAGCGGUCCGAGUCGGAGGUAAAUGGGCUCCCUGGAAGGCUCUCUUUUCCCCAAAUAUGCGAAAGCGACUCUGGCUCGGCUGUGGAAUGAUGGUUUUCCAGCAGUUUACUGGUAUCAACGCAAUUUUGUAUUAUGCACCGCAGAUCUUCGCUAGCUUCGGUUUCUCGUCGACUACGCAGACAUUACUUGCUACGGGUGUCACUGGUAUCAUCCAGAUUCUCUUCACCCUCCCUGCUGUUCUUUUCCUCGACAAAUUCGGCAGAAAGACCUUCCUCAUUGCCGGUGCCAUUGGCAUGUUCUGCUGUCAUAUUGUCGUUGCUAUCAUCGAGGGUGUCUAUGAGGAUUACUGGAAUCUGAACGAAGGGCUGUACAAGGCCCAAGGUUGGGUCGCCAUCGUCUUCAUCUGGAUCUUCGCCUCUCAAUUCGCAUACUCCUGGGGUCCAGUUUCCUGGGUUCUUGCGCAAGAGAUCUUCCCUAGUUCAGCUCGCUCUCGUGGUGUGUCUCUUGUCGCAUCCACGAACUGGAUGUUCAACUUCGUCAUCGGACUAACCACCAAGGACAUGCUGGCUUCGAUGAAAUACGGAACCUACAUCUUCUUCGCCAUAUUUAGUGGACUGGGAGGUCUGUUUAUCUGGUGGUAUGCACCUGAAACCAAGGAUAAGACCCUGGAGGAGCUUGAUGUCUUCUUUGGAGGCAGCAUGGACAGCAUCGCCGAGGCGGAUAGACUCAGAAUGCAGGCUAUCUACGACCGCCUGGGACUCACGGGGGUGGAGAAAGUGGAGGACCUGGAUAAUGAGAAGACUAAGAUCCAGGAUGAGAUUGUGGAAAUGUGA